UUAGUAAUUACAAAUACCAUCAUCAGGCAGACAGCCAAAUUUUGACAAACCUUACUAAUUGGCUGUGUCGGGUGGUGACGGGUUUAACGACACAUUCAUAAUUACGCGAUCUAACACAAGCAACCUCUAUUAUGGAUGCUAUUGGUCGCGAAAGCCUACGUGUUAAACUGCGUUUAUAAAUGAACUUAAAUUAUGAUGCAGUAACGAUGACCUCAUCACUUUCGCUCAUCACAUUUUAUUUCAUCGCUUAAGCUCAUCACUCUCUCGCAUCACUUUCUUUGUCUCUCUCUCUCUCGACGCAGUAGUCGUGUAGACUUCCAGAUGCGAUUCGCGGAUAACCAAUAUCACGGAUAGGCAAUAUCGCGGAUAGCAAGUUCGUGCACAUUUUUUUUUUAUUUUAGCCGGUAUAGUCUACUGAGCUGUAUAGCUCUCAUUCAGAAACGACCUGGCCACAAAUGAUACCUCAGCAAAGUGGCUUAUUACGUGAACAGUUAUAGCAGCAAAUACUCAAAAGACGUGCUUCUAAAGAUGGAGGGGAAAGCCGCAGGACCCGGAGAAAAAUCCACGCGACCACGGCAAGAGAAGGAACAUUCACACUCCAAAUAUACAGCGGGCAUCAGGGUCGAUAAGACAGUGCCUGGCUGUCGUGUGGACCCCUUUAAAUGAGCAUCUGCGCCAGUGGGAAACAUUCAGUCUGAGCUGCUGACCGCGAUCCACCCGGGCUCUAACCAGAAAUGGAGUACAGUGUGAGGAGCUCACGGAUUUUUGAAAGAUCUGGACACAAUUCCAUCGCUGAGCUCCUCCGGCCAGCGAGGCUGCGUUGGCUGGGUCACGUAGCCCGCAAUGCCCAUUCAUGGCAUGCCCAGCCACCGCAUGCCCAGCCACCGCAUGCCCAGCCACCGCAUGCCCAGCCACCGCAUGCCCAGCCACCGCAUGCCCAGCCACCGCAUGCCCAGCCACCGCAUGCCCAGCCACCGCAUGCCCAGCCACCGCAUGCCCAGCCACCGCAUGCCCAGCCACCGCAUGCCCAGCCACCGCAUGCCCAGCCACCGCAUGCCCAGCCACCGCAUGCCCAGCCACCGCAUGCCCAGCCACCGCAUGCCCAGCCACCGCAUGCCCAGCCACCGCAUGCCCAGCCACCGCAUGCCCAGCCACCGCAUGCCCAGCCACCGCAUGCCCAGCCACCGCAUGCCCAGCCACCGCAUGCCCAGCCACCGCAUGCCCAGCCACCGCAUGCCCAGCCACCGCAUGCCCAGCCACCGUAUGCCCAGCCACCGCAUGCCCAGCCACCGCAUGCCCAAGUAGCUUCUGUUUGGCAGGGUAGAUGGGGCUAAGCGGUCGUGGCACGGACUAGAGAACCACAUGGCACCUGGGUCUGUCCCGUGACCUCCUGCCGUGGUGACGUCACUGCCACCUUGUGACGCGUGACGGCUGUUGCUCUUGCUAUAUGGGGUAGCGCUGGCACGUGCCUUUAGAGAACACGCACGUGACAGGUGCGUGACGUCAUA